AUGUAUUUCACACUUAUAGAAUUGGUUGGAGUGUUCGCUGCCAUCAAAGAGAACCUCAUUCUGACCACAGUAUUCGCCAGUCUUAUGGGAAUCAGUCUAUUCUUUAAGUUCCACUUUCAGGCCGGAUAUGUCGAGGGAGUCACCACUUUUAUGGCCACCAUAUGUGCCCUUUCGUUGAUAUACCAAAUGCUUAAGAUUAAAGACUGAUAUACACUCAUCAAACGGUUUUUCAAACACGUUUAUUUACAAAACAACUACCGUUUUCAAUGAUUUGCAUUUUGGCAAAUUUGUUUGAGUUUGUCCCGAAUAAACCUCAUAGAUGUAAUUAUUAAAACAAUUUAUUCAUAGCCCUGU